AUGGAUGACAGAGAACCAAUGUAUCACUCCGAGAACGCCUCCUAUGUAUUCUCUCACGCAGACGACGAGUAUAGCUCCACCAGAAACAAACUGGAAGAAAGGCUCAAUGAAGUCGUGCAAGAAACGCGACUAGUAAUCGGCUUAGACUACGGCACCACAUACACUGGUAUGCUACUUGGAUUGUCGCUGCUCAUCGUCGGUGGACUGAUACCCAGUUUAGGUGUGGCUUAUGCAACUCCAUCUGGGUCAAGCUGCUCGCUCGAAAAGAUAGACGUCAUGGUAGAAUGGGGUGCGACAGUGGACGACAAAGUUCCGAGUGUCAUUUCGUAUUCACGUCCCGACUACGAGUGGGGUGGUGAUUUGAGUGCUGAGUCCAUCUCCAUGGUGCAUACCAAACUUGAGCUUGGUCUACAAAGUACCUUGGGUGAAUUAGAUAUGACGCUCCAGGUUCUAGAUGGAAUGGCCAAUCUCAACAUCGACGAGAUGUUGAAGACUGUACGCAGUCACGACGAUGUACCCGCUUAUUCACAUAAAAGCCCGGAGGAGAUUGUCACCGACUAUCUGGAGAAAGUAUUUCAACAUCUAGAAGUUGAAGUCGAUAAAUUCGGACCAAUCGCGAGAAAACAUACUGCCACAGAUCUUGUGGUUACUAUACCUACUGACUGGUCCUACAUGGCGAUGAACUCAACUUUUCGAGCACUGACGAAAGCCGGGUUCAAUCGAGCUAGCUUCCCAAGAUUGCAGGAUGUCAUGUUCAUCACAGAACCGGAGGCUGCUGCAGUCUACACUGCACGCCAUUAUCGCGACGAGCUCGCGCAAAACAUACUGCAGGUGGGCCAAUACUUCAUACUCUGCGAUGCUGGUGGUGGUACAGUAGAUGUGGUAUCAUACCAGGUCAAGCAGUUGGAGCCAGCGCUUGAGUUGGAGCAGAUUGGAAUGCCGACCGGCGAUAAAUGCGGUUCAAUAUUCAUCAACCUUGAGUUCAAGAGGUGGCUACGAGGCAUACUUACCGAUGACUGCUAUCGAAAGCUCGACCCUACUUUUGACGUUGACAAAGUCGCAAAUCACGCCUCGGAAACUCCAGCGAUGAGAUCACUCAUGAAAGACUUCGAUUUGAAAAAGAAGCAGUUCACAGUGAGGUCUUCAGACUGUCAACUAGAGCUUCCGGCUCCGUUGGAGAAUCAUAGUGUCCCAGGUCGUGUGAAUCAGGGUCUUCUUACUAUCAAAAGGCAUGAGAUGGAAUCAUUCUUUGACGCAUCAAUUGAGAGAAUCGUGCAUUUGAUCAAUGUUCACGUUAAACGGAUUCGAGAGCAGCGUCGGAAUCGUCCGAAAAAUCUGUUUCUGGUAGGAGGAUAUGGCGAGUCGGAGUACCUCCAAGCUCAGAUCAACGAGAUGUUGCUACAAGAGAGGAUGGUGAUGCAAUACUGGAGGCCUCAGAAAUCUUGGACGGCAGUUGUUCGAGGUGCCGUGGUUUGUGGUAUCGAGAAGCAUGGCAUGAGAAGCUUGAAGCGGACUACAUCCUGUCGGCACAGCUACGGAAUAUGCUUAGACGAAAGCUAUACCUCAGCUCAUCAUGGGAAGCAAGAUGACUUCAUUAAACACGGCGGAAAUGCUUUCGCUAAAGGGCAACUCACGUGGUUGCUAAACAAAGGCGACCUAAUCCUGUUCAACGAAUCAACGGAGCGGUCGAAAACGGUUCACAUCCGACUCUUGAAGCAGCGACAGGAUACAAUGACGUUGACAAUCUGGCAAUAUUUGAGCAACGAGGAACACCGGCCGACACGUCUUGAAGAUGCCACUGAUGAACUUCGAAACGCAGGCGAGAUUGACAUUGACUUGAGUAAGAUUCAAUUGGAGCGUGUGCGCCAGGGGCUUGGAAAGUCAACGUACUUCAAGGCUGAUUUGAAGUUGGUGCUGAGAUUGGAGUGGGAUAAACUGUGGGCGACUCUGUGGUGGAAACAAACGGAGCUAACGACAAUCCCAGUACUGUACUAG